UCACUGCUUUUGCAACACUGCUAAAAUGCUCCACCUCCAUCUCGUUUCAUAAAAUAACAAAAAAAAGAUUUGAUGCUUGCUUUGUGGAGUCUUCCGAAAUAUUAAACAUAUGUAAAGAUCACUAUGGAGUUCUGCUCGGAACUGAGUGGCCUGGACGAGGACUCCAUCGAGCCCUGCAGGACGUGCGGCAUCUACUUUACCAUUGGCCUGGACAUGGAUCAGGCUAUUGUAAAACCCAUUUUCGGCUUGGAUGACGCCGCCGUCACAGGCAUGGUGGAGAUCGUCGAGCAGCUGAGUGCUUGGAACAUUCAGGUGUCGCGGGAGGACGGACGACCACAGUACAUGUGCAAUCCCUGCAUUGCCGAGUUCCAACGGCUGCUGAAGUUCAAGCGCAGCUGCUUGGAGACGCAGGAGCAGUACGGCGAACUGGAGUACCAGCGCGAGCAAAUAGUGAUCAAGCGGGAAAUAGACCCGGAGGAGCAGAAAUUCUGCGGAUUCAUAUACCUAGACACAGACGAAGAGGAGAUCAGCGACGAAGACGGCAGCAGGCGAGUGUGCGCCGCCUUCGACAUACCGCACGUUCCCAUCAAGGAGGAGCACAUGGCCAGGGUGCCAGUGCCCAGCAGUAGCGAGUUCCAGCCACCAGAAGCUAAAGAACUUGCGUUGCCGGUCGAGUCCGGUUUCGACAUGAUGGACCACGAUGCGUUGACCGCCAGCAUGUUUGCGUCGUCCAGUGAGGAUGCGUCUGGCAUUGCCGACGAUGGCGACAACGAAGACGACGAGGAUAUAGUCAAGUUCACAUACGAUGAUGACGGCGACGCCUCGGCCCCACUGCCGCUCCCCAUUUACUCGCCUAUGGUUUCCUGCAAGCUAUGCCUCCACGAAUCGCCCGACCAGGAGGCGCACCUGGACCACAUGCGACGCACACAUCUCCUCAAAGACUGGGAAUGCCAUAUCUGCGCCAAAAAGUUUACAAAUGCCCAGGAGUCGCGCAUCAAGUUCCACAUUAAGUAUCACAAACUGCAGAGGCACAUCAAGUGUCCCGUCUGCGGGUUCAUCUGCAACUCAAAGGAAACUCUCAAGGAGCACAGACAAGCGGUCCACGCUCGCACCAAGUGCACCUACUGCGGCAAGACUGUGAAAAAUGCAGUGCUACAAUCACACUUGAAAAAGCAUUUAAGGGAUGGCGAGGCCGAAUUAGCCCAGAAGCUUAAAUUGCUGGAGCAACCUCCGGAGAAUGUUUCCAACACCGAGACUUUUCCUACUCCAUUGUUCGCGUCUUCGCUAGAAACGACUGUUGACGGAGAAGCUUCACUACUAUCAAAUUUCGCCCAAAUAAGCGACUCCACUAUGCCUGAAGACUCAAAUGUUUUUGAGGACUCUGAACUAGUUGAGGAGCCUAAUGCUUCUCCGGACUCAAAACAUCUGGAGAACACUACCCAAGUUCGGCAAUCUCCAUUUGCAAUAGACCCUCCAGAAGAAAUUCAAUAUCCGAUGGAUCCACCUGCUCCCGUAGACGUUCCAGUUCCAUCCGCUUCAUCGCUAUCUGUACCCACGGUUACUGUCAUUCAGUGCGCUUUCUGCUCGGACACUUUUGAAGAGGCCCAGCUGCUACAGGCUCAUGUAUUGGCCGCCCACACGAAGACAAGAAAGAGGCCGCGGUCUCCAGAAAAUACUCCACCUAUGAGGAAGACCAGGCAGGGGUCUUAUCCUAAGGAAGCCGAGCAGGCAAGCACCAAGAACAAAGAAAGCUCCGCACAUGAAGGAAGCUCUGCCCAAAAAGACAGCACCGCUCAGCAGGAGAGCAGAACUGAAAAGAGCCUUAAUGGCAGCUCCACUGCCGAGCAGGUGCCAGAGAAAUCUUACAUGUCGUGUCACGUUUGCGGUAAAUCCUUCGACUUAAAAAUUAAGCUUAAUCGACAUCUCAAGCAGCAUAAUACGUUACCACACUAAGCCAUUUGUUUAAAACCAUUUUAAGAUUUUCAAUUUCUUUUGAGGGCCCUUAGGAGCCACAUUGUUCAAGAGUAUUAU